CCCAGGCGGAGUGCGCGCUGUUGCCUUCCUUCUCCCUAUGAGCCGGGCGGCCGCGGCUGGGGACUGCUGCAGGGGAGCGCCUGGCGCAGCCGCCGCUGUCCAUGGAGGAGGAAGCCGGCACCGAGAAGGAACCCCUGCUGCCUGCCCGGACAGCGGCCCGCGGCCACCCGCCCAGGGGAACCUUCGGGGCCGGCGACUGCCCCGAUCCCGCGGCCUUCUGCGCCGUCCAGGAUGCUGCUGGAGCUGACCAUGAUCUUUACAUAAACCAAGCUGUAGUAUUUAUUGAAGAUGCAAUACAGUAUCGUUCCAUAAACCACCGAGUGGACUCCAAAUCCCUGUGGCUUUAUCGAUGGUAUUAUUCAAAAAUUUGCCAGUGGGUUUUGAGUUUCACCAUUACUCUAAUCCUGGCUCUGGCUUUCAUUGAAACGCCUUCUUCGCUCACAGUCACGUCCGAUAUACGAUAUCGCGGCACAGCCUGGGAGCCUCCUUGUGGCCUGACUGAAAGUAUAGAGCUGUUUUGUUUCCUCGUCUUUAUAGCUGACGUCUCUGUGAAGAGUUAUUUAAUUGGUUGGGAAGAAUUUCAGAAAACGAAAUGGCUGCUGGCUUAUAUCCUGACACUGGUUGUUUCCCUUAUCGACUGGACUGUGUCACUGAGCUUUUCUUGUACAGAGACUGUGAGAAUAAGACGAAUUCUCCGGCCUUUCUUUCUCCUUCAGAACUCCUCUAUGAUGAAAAAGACAUUAAAAUGCAUCAACAGCACUCUGCCAGAAAUGGCAAGUGUUGUUCUGCUGCUAGCUGUUCAUUUGUGUCUCUUCACCAUGUUUGGCAUGCUGCUGUUUGCUCGAUCAAAGGAUAAGCAGCAAGACAAGGAAUGGGUGGGAUAUUUUCACAAUUUGCCAGAUUCACUGACUUCACUGCUGGUGCUGCUGACUACUGCAAAUAACCCUGAUGUGAUGAUUCCUGCAUAUUCUAAGAAUCGAGCCUAUUCUAUCUUCUUCAUACUCUUCACUGUGUUGGGAAACCUGUUUCUGAUGAACUUGCUGACAGCAAUAAUAUACAAUCAGUUUCGAGGAUACCUUCUGAAAUCGGUUCAGUCCUCGCUCUUGAGGAGACGUUUAGGAAUCCGGGCUGCAUUCGAAGUGCUGUGCUCCCUGAAGGAGAGUCCUGUCAGUACAAAUGAAUUGUGUGUCAGUGCUAAUACCUUACUACAAGUGCUUCAAAAAGUUGAAAUGGAUUCUUGCUGCAAGCAAGCCAUCUUGAGGACAGUUCGGUCAUGCCCUCAUGGCAUACUGUCAGCUGCCCUGUUUCAGAAACUCUUUGAUGAACUUGACAAAGAUCCUGUUAAACAGCAUCCUCCCAAACCAGAGUACCAGUCUCCUUUUCUGCAGAAAGUGCAGUUUGCUUUUGGCCAUCACUUCUUUGGCUACUUAGGGAACGUAGUAGCACUAGCAAACAUCAUUUCUAUAUGUGUCAUCUUGGUAAUGGAUGCAGAUAAGCAGCUUUCUGAACGGGAUGACUACUUCUUGGGGGCUAUAAAUUGUUUUUUUAUCCUGUACUAUCUGCUGGAAAUGCUGCUGAAAAUACUGGCAAUGGGAUUUAAAAGAUACUUAUCGUACCCAAGCAAUAGAUUUGAUGGACUUCUGACUGUAAUUCUGCUGGUUUUGGAGGUCUCAACUUUUGCUGUGUAUGGAUUUCCUCAUCCAGGCUGGAGACCCGAAAUGAUGGGGUUGCUGUCUCUGUGGGAUAUGGUGCGCCUGGUGAAUAUGCUAAUUGUAUUCAGAUUUCUGCGGAUUAUCCCUAAUAUGAAGUUCAUGGCUUUGGUUGCCAGUACAUUGCUGGAUCUGGUGAAAAACUUAAGAGCCUUUGCAGGGCUGCUGGUGGUGGUUUUCUAUGCGUUUGCUAUAACUGGCAUAGUGCUAUUUAAAGGUGCUGUUGUUCCUAUGGGAAAUACUAGUGUUGUCAAUACAACAUCUGGUAACAGCACCUUGCAGUGUGGCACCUAUGAGCAGUUGGAGUAUUGGCCAAACAACUUUGAUGACUUUGCUGCUGCGGUAGUAACUCUCUGGGAUGUCAUGGUGGUGAACAAUUGGCAAGUUUUCCUGGAUGCAUUUUCAAGAUAUUCAAGUCCGUGGUCAAAGGUCUUUUUUGUAGCCUGGUGGCUAAUUUCCUCUGUCAUCUGGGUCAAUUUGUUCGUAGCCUUACUUCUGGAGAACUUUAUUCACAAGUGGGACCGUCACUCCCAUCGGCAGUCUCUCUCAGAAAUUGAAUACCAGACAACAGUGGAAUUAAUGUUCAGGGAUGUUUUGGAAGAACCUACAGAGGAAGAGCUGAUGCAAAAACUGCACCAGCAUCCACACCUGCAACUGUGUAGAUGACAGAUUGGUGGGAGGACCAAUUUAGUCACGCCUUUUUUGCAAUAAGAUUGUCAGCUGGAGGACUGAUAUUGCAGUGAAACGGAAUGGAUUUUCUGUAAAGUGCUAUUAACCUGAAAGCGUACAGGAAAGCAUGUAACAUUGUAGUUGGCAUUUUGAUUUGACUCUUGAACACCACCUACAAUGCAGAGCACUCUGCAGGGAGAACUUUUUUUUUUUUAUUUUAUUUUUAAUCGGCUCCUUUUAAAAAAAAAUAUUUAAAUUCUUCUAAUUUGACUUGAUUUUAGAGUCUUUUAUGGGAAUAUGCAGCUGUUAUUUUUAUUAAGUGUCAGGACAAGGAGUUGUAGACCAUUUUAUUUGAUUUUUUUUUUUAAGAAGGAAGAGAGUAUUAAAAUGACAGUGCACUUUAAUGCAAACACUUAUAACCACUAUGCCUGCUGCUUUUUUGCACCAUAAAUAAUGGAACUGCCUAUUUUGGCAUUCAGUGUGUGCCAAGGACAGUGCCUUGAAAUUCUUGAAUGAAUUAGGCAGUUAUGCUCUAGAUUCUCAACCUUUUUGUAAUAAGGGAAAUUGAAACACUGUUUGUAUUGAAAUAUGAUGCCAGCAUUCUUUUGUUUACUAAAUGUUCAUAAUUAUACAAUCCUGUUCAAAAGUUCAGGUCGAAGGUGGAGAUAGUCUGUAUCAGUUUCCUUUUUUUGGCCAGUGUUAAGGGCUGUGCUCAUGUUGUGGUUGCAUUAUAUUGAUAACAUUAUCAAGAUCAGUAUAAUUUUGGAUGGAACAAUCAUGCCCUUGGUUUACAAUCUGGAAUAAUUAAGCUCUACUUUGGAGAAAAUAUCCUCAUGUUGCUUUGAAACUGAGCUCUUCCUUUUUGCAUUCUGACAAGUCUUGUUUUCCCUGCGUUCAUACUGAGCCAGAGUUUGUUUACCUUUGCAAUAAUUUUAGUGGAAACCCAGUGUAAAAUAGAGUUAUGUAUCCAUCUUGGGUGGAUGGGGAACAGGCAAUCAUGUUCAGGCUUCCCCUUAUAAACUAUACCUGUAUAUAAUAAAUUGAUUUUUAAUUCA